AUGUCAUCUCAAGACGGGCUGAGCGAUGGAGCGAUGGCAUUUAACGCAGUCAGAUCGAGAAAACGUCCAGCGGCUUCCAUUUCUCAGAACGUAUCGAGUCCAAAUGGACAAAACCAAUCUUUCUUCUUCGUGGAUCCUGCCUCCUCAACCCGAGAGAAACGUGCCCAUGUGAUGCGCCAUCAUAUUCAGACAAAGAGAAAACAAAAUAUGCUGGCAACUCAAACAGAUCGGCAGUCUUGCCGUGAGCCUCGAGUAUUCCCUUGGAUGAUAAAAUCUGGCGGCAAUGGAAUCGGCCCUAAUCCAAGGCCCAUUCGCAAGGCAGUCUCAACGACAACACCCCCGCCAUCACACACAUAUCUCGAGCCAGACCAUCGCAGUUCUGGGAUUGAUCAAACUCCCGAUCUUAAGACAGACUACCUUGCAACACUGGCAUAUGAUGCCAGCGUGCCGUGGGCAGAAGACCAAUUGAUUGAUAUGUGGACUUCGCGCCUGACUUACUGGUCCGGACAGAACGAACACUUGAAAGCAAAAAUACUUCAAGCGGCAGUACGUCACCGCAUUACCUUUGAGGCAGUAAUUCUAGGCUACUGUUCUCGCUGGGCACUCCAUCUAAGCCACAGCUCGGACGACUCCGUGUUUCGCCACUAUGAGUCUCGAGUUCGACAAGCGAUAAUCAACAAGACAGACCGGGGGGGUAUUGCCCUGGAUGAUGAUACCAUUUCCCUGGCGUUGGUUGGUUUGGCGCUUCAAGAAGAAAGAUUUGGCGACAAGGACAAGGCGCGAGAAUAUGCUCGACAAGCCAAAGAUUUACAAGUUCACCGGAAAUCACGACCCAUCGAUGCGGUUGGUCGACCAGUUCUUCUUUAUUUCCUUGCUAUCAUGGAGCCUCCGACUUCGGGUGUCAGCCUGGAUGAAGCGAGUAAAUUGGUCGAUUUCCUUCAUGUAGCGCGUCAAUCAAUGGAAAAGGAUGCUACCAGCCACUAUCUGAGGGAGGUUCCACAGCGCUCGGCGGUGUUUCAAUAUGAUAGUCCUCUAUUCCAACUUUUAUCAAGCGGUCCUCGACCUAGCCAGGUACCUAUUGAUCGCCGUUUCUUCGUGGUCAAUAAGAAUGUACCAACAACUGAGUGGGCUCGCACGGCUGGACUCAUCUACGUCAUGCUCUCCCUGUACGACUUUUGUGGAGAAAAACGAAAAGUAAUUCGUUUUCUAGAGUAUCUACAACAACUCAUCCAGGACUACGGCUUAGACCGCAACCCAGCAUGCGAGUCCUUCUUGUACUUGCUUCUGGAAGAAACAUUUAGCGCAGAUUUGAGAGACCCGGAGAGAGCUUGGCGAGCAAAUGAAAUACUCGACAUUCACAAGAGACUUCCGUUUGAAUUGCAAUUUCGCUUCAAUGAAUUGCUUUUGGAUUAUCUAAUGCUGAAUCCCUCAGUUACGACUGUGGAAGCUUUUGAGAGAGAUGUCCGUGCAAUUGUGCAUUCUGAGGUUUGCUGA